AUGGCAAGGUCUACUAACCGCUGGUUUUCCGUUAUACCUGUGGACAAACCAGAGAUUCUUAAGAAUGAAAAUUAUAGAGAAGAAAUUAAACUGAAAAUCCAAGAUGUAUUAGAAAAGGAUAAGCUGCUUCAGGCCAAGGAAUACAAGGAGGGACUUGUUGCUGAACCAGCUCAUACUCACGUUAAAGGCCACGCAUCUGCCCCUUACUAUGGAAGGAAAGAGCCUUCGCCAGAUCCAACCAGCACUGCGAGUACUUUUCAGCCGGGCUCCUGGAUGCCACCAGGCAGUGGUAGUAGUCAUUAA